GCCGCCGCCUCCCAGCCCCGCCACCAGGGAACCCGGAACCUGCCUGUCUGUGUCAGGAGCCCAGGCCGCCUGUCAGCCACCAAGACCUCCAUCUCCCUGUGUGGGGAAGCAGCCAGGGCGGGUGAGCCAGAGGAUGGAGUCAGAGUUCUGCCAGGGCCUGCAGCAGCUCCCCCAGGAGGUGCGGCCCCUCGUGGAGGGGAAGCUUCCACAAGGGGAAAAGAAGAAAUACCUGUCCCCCACAGCACGGAAGGAGCCCCGGUUUGAAGAGCUGCAGAAGGUGCUGAUGGAGUGGAUCAACGGCACGCUCCUGCACGAGCACGUCGUGGCCCGCAGCCUGGAGGAGGACUUGUUCGAUGGCCUCAUCUUACACCACCUCUUCCAGAAGCUGGCAGCACUCAGGCUGGAGGUGGAGGAGAUGGCUUUGACCUCCACGAGCCAGCGGCGCAAGCUGGCAGUGGUGCUGGACGCCGUGAACCGCAGCCUGCAGGUGGAGGAGCAGCAGGUGCCGUGGAGCGUGGAGGCCAUCUUCAACAAGGACCUGCUGGCCACCUUGCACCUGCUCGUGGCCCUGGCCAAGCGCUUCCAGCCUGACCUGCCUCUCCCGGCCGACGUGCAGGUGGAAGUCAUCAUCAUUGAGAGCACCAAGAGUGGCCUGAAGUCGGAGAAGGUGGUGGAACAGCUCACGGAACCCCGAGCAGACGGGAAUGAGCCCACUGGGGACGCCUUUCAUGAAUUAUUCAAGCUGGCGCCUGAGAAAGUGAAGGCUGUGAGCGAGGCCAUCCUGACCUUCGUCAACCAGAAGCUGGAGAAACUGGGCCUGUCUGUGCAGAACCUGGACUCCCAGUUUGCAGAUGGAGUCAUCUUACUCUUAUUAAUUGGACAACUGGAAGGCUUCUUCCUGCACUUGAAGGAAUUCUACCUCACCCCCAGCUCUCCUGCGGAAAUGCUACAUAAUGUCACACUGGCCCUGGAGCUGCUGAAGGACCACGGCCUCCUCCACCACCCUAUUAACCCAGAAGCCAUCGUCAACAAGGACGCCAAGAGCACACUGCGCCUGCUCUACUACCUAUUUCGCAAGCACAAGCUGGACGUGGACCAGGUGCCCCAUGGAACCCCGAAUUAACUGUCACUGCUGGCCCCUCUCCCCAACCCUAGGACCCAGCUGCAGGGCCGCAGGCAUCCCACGCUGUCCGCACAGAUUUGGGCCUACUCGGCAAGGGGUCUGCUUCCAGGCAGCCACUGCCUUGCUCUGUUUAUCUUAGCACAGGCAUUGUGGGAGGACACUGGGCUUGGGUUAGUGUCCUGGGAGGGUCCCAGCUGGGUGCAGAGGGGAGCUGAGCCCUGAUGCUGUACCUUGCCCACACUGGUGUACAUGAGGGAUCCUGGAAGGCAUGGACCCUGUGGUGGCUGAUGUCCCUCGUGGGGACCAGGACCCAGGGCCUAGGCAGCCCAGUCAUUGGGCAUUUGGACAAAACUCGGAAGAAGCAGUCUCUGGGGCCUGGAGGAGGGGUUCAGGUGAUCUGUUCCCAGGGAGCAGCCACACCCUUCCUGGGGUCACCUGGCAUCUUCCACAAAGAAGGCUUUCUGUGAUUCAACUAUGGGGUCUGACACAGGUACAGCCUUGUCACCACCACAGAGCAGUCCUCCAGCCCCAAGGCCUGCAUGCCCUGUGCUGCCCAGCCACCCUGCUGCAGCCCUGCCCGGGCACCCCAGGCUGCCUGCUGUCUGCCUUGUGCCUGCAUGGGCAUUUCCUAUAAACCUUUUCCCAGGAA